AUGCCAGCUCAGCGCAGCUCAGUCCAGCUCUCAGAUAUCAGCGCCCUGAGUCUGCUCAUCCCGGGCCAGGCCAUGACGAUGUUUGUCGGCCCCGAUCCCCUCUCCGCGACACAACGCUAUACUCAGAGCCAGGAACAGGAUCGGGGACAGGAGCAGGAGCAGGAACCGAGCCCGCCGAGCUCGCAUAGUCCGUCAGACGAGGUGCAGUCGCCUGCAAAGCCGGACGAGUCGCCGAAGAAACGGAAACGGGCCAGGAAGGCCGCGACAGGGAAGAAGUUCGACUGCAAACACAAGGGAUGCGGCAAGAGUUAUUCGCGAGCUGAGCAUCUGUAUCGUCACCAGCUGAAUCACUCUCCCAAACAAAUAUAUAGAUGCGAAUUCCCCAGCUGCUUCCGCACCUUCGUUCGCCAGGACCUCUGCAUCCGGCACCAGGAGCGCCAUAAUACCCACGGAUCGCAGCUACAGAAGCGCGACCAUGUCGCGACUCAAGGUCCUGGCGCAGGCUCGUCGUCGUCGCCGAGAGAUACCAGCAACCCGAUACACCAUGCCACUGGGCAGAUCGUCUCGCCAGCAAACGAAACCAGCUCUCCGGGUGCGAUUCCUCCUCGUUCGCAGAUAUCGGAACCUUCUGCUGCCAGUUCGAGCAACAAUGGCGGCUUCAUGUCUGCCCAAACUUAUCCUAUGCCGUCUGCAGCGGCGUCUUCAGCUUCCAACGACCCCAAUGCCGGGCCUCCCCAGACACCUCAGAAUGCAUACCACAAGGGCAACUCUGACCCGAUAAGGAGACAGUCAGAUGGGACUGCAGGAUAUCUUGUUCCGGCGCAAAAGGCGCAGCCGAUGGCCGUCUACGGAGACUCGGUAUACGAGCCAUACAGUAACUCCCAACAAUAUGCAAUAACAGCUCAGCUAAACGGGAGGCCUGAUAUACCUUCUAGUACGCCUGUUCUACCAGAAUCUAUGCAGGCACGGCAGACAUCAAUAUCAAGUCCCGUUGGCAGUCAGACGGUCUCUCCCUUUGGCAUGCCGUCUGGCUUGCUAGCAAACGGCAUGGCUACCAACACUUAUAUGCCCCAGCCGCAGAACAUACAAAUACCCUCUAUGGCUGGAUCCGGUUUCCCGACUCCCGUUCUAAACAGAACUCACAGCCAGCCGUCACCCGUCGCAAAUCUUACCAGCAGCCUGAGCCAGAUGAAUUCCUUGCCGGCAGCUAUCCAUUCGGAACCCCCAGUGUCUAGUAUAGAUUCGGUCAUGGCAUAUGCUCUCCCCGUAUUUGGCGGAGAAAUAUUAAAUCGCUCCCCAUUCGCCCUGACAGACGACUUUACAGCCUGGUUAUUUAACGAGAGCUCGAAUACGUCCUCCACAUCCGGAUUUCCCGCAAUGUCUGCCAUCAUGCCCAGCUACCUUGACCCAUUUUCGGGCCAGAUCCAAAACUCGUAUUAUCCUACUGACACUACUGCUAUUACCGGAUAUGGCACUAAUACUCCCCAGCAGCAGCAGCAGCAGCACCCCAUGAGUGUGACAAGUAUACUUGAUUCGGGACCGCCAUACUCUGUCAUGUCGGAGGAGAAGCGGAACGAACUUUUGGAUUUAAUCCAGGCCAGGUUCAAUGAAACAGGGAGUGGUUCUGUCAAACAUCGCAAGGAGGCGUUCAUGGAAGGCAAUAUGGACGCAGAUAAUCACAUUCUCAGCCUACGCAUGAUGCAGACAUACAUCAGCUCCUACUGGUAUCACUGCCAUGCACAACUCCCCAUCCUCCAUCGGCCUACAUUCGCGCCAGAUAAAACGCCGAAUCUCCUUCUCCUUGCGGUAAUGGCCAUCGGUGCCGUUACCCUUGAUAACAACCGCGGUCAACACUUUACAGAUAUGGCAUCGGAACUCGCCAACUUCAUCUGCGUGCACUUGCGGUGGGAGCUAUUCAUGGACCCGGACUUUCGGCCACCAGCAAAGCUCUGGGUAUUCCAAACCCUUUUACUACUCGAAACGUAUGAGAAGAUGUACUCCACGCGCGAGUUACAUGAACGCGCACACAUUCACCACGAUACCACCUUAACACUGAUGCGUCGCGGUAGCUCCCUAAUUGGCCGCACUGCAUUCAACUCGCCUCCAUCCCCCUCAGAUGGCCGACAGCGACCAGGAGCUCCGGCGUCGUCUAGCUCUGAGCCAGGACAUGUUAACGAGUCGUGGCUGCGCUGGAUUAAAUCCGAGGGCACGCGAAGAGUUGCUUUCGCUGCAUUUGUACUUGAUUCAGCUCAUGCGACUAUGUUUGGACAUUCAGUUAAGAUGGCCGCCCAUGAGAUGAGGCUGCCACUCCCUUGCGAUGAAACAUUAUGGUCCGCCAGUUGUCCUGCAGAGGUUGCCAGAGUACAAAUAAACCUCAAUGCUAACGGCUUCAAGCCAACCAUGUUCCUUGAUGGGUUAAAAAAGACUCUAAACGGCCAAACCGUGCGAACAAACGCUUUCGGCCGAACAAUAAUCAUGGCUGGCUUGCUGAGUGUAAGCUGGCACAUGAAUCAGCGAGACCUGCAAGUCAACUCACUGGGUGUCUCCCAGGUACCUGGUUUCAGAGAUAAAUGGCGCUCGUCCAUGCUGCGAGCAUUCGAUAAUUGGAAGCGAGACUUCGAUGAAGCUCUGGUUGAAGCCAAUCCCACCAAUUAUCCACCAGGGGGAUACCAACAGCGCCAGCAGAAUCUGUUCGAGGAGGAUGUCUUUGCUGAAACGAGAAAUGUGCUUCACCAUCUUGCACACAUGGCUUCACAUGUUGACGUGGUGGACUGUCAGAUAUUUGCUGGUGCUGCCCGACUACUUGGUCGUGCCAUCACGCCUAGAGAUUUUGGCUGUGCCCGAGAGAAGAUGGUCGACCGAUGGGCAGGCAAGGAAUCGGCUCGAGACGCAACCUUUUACGCUCUAAAGUUCUUAUCCCAGGUUCUUCUACGGAACGGCGGCGGAAGAGGAGACCAUUCAGUUGGCGGGUCGAACAUGAAUGUGCCUGAAUACUCUGCAAGAGAGGACUUCAUUAUGAGCCGACCAUGGGUCAUUUACUUCGCUGCCCUCGUCGUAUGGUCGUAUGGUUUCGCGCUGGACGGUCCAAUCCAGCCACCUCCACCGGACCUCCCCCUGCCUGAACAACAGCGACAUGACAUGUAUAUCUUUCUAGAGAGAGUUGGCAGCGUUCGCCACCCCGAUGACCUAGAGAAUAUACGUGAUCGAAACCGGUGCAUGGGUCUUCUCAUGGUCCUGCGAGCAGACUUCCUCAACACGAGAUGGGAGCUACUUCAUGAGGCCGCAAACCUGCUAGGAAGCUGUAUCGAGAAGUUAAAGGGCUCACCGGUUGUAAUAACUCCAAGCAAAUGA